AAUCAAUGCCAUGGUUGCAGUUGUACACAAAAAUGGAGGCAGCAGUAGAUAAGUUGGAGGCAAUGUUCCAGAAGGCGGAUUCUGAUCUGAAUUAUAUCUCAAGGAAGCUGGACACAGAAUUUGCAGCAGAUGCAGAACACAGCACACAGCCUAACCCAGCAAAAAUGCUUGAGAAAAUUGCAGACAUCAAAAAGGAAUAUUCAGUACUUGUUAAAGAAGCAGAGGCUAUUAAGGAUGCACAAAAGGAAGCAGUGACCUUCUUCCAGACUCAGUUGAUGUCGGCAUGUGAGGCACUUCAGAGACUACAAAACCAAGCAGGGAUGGAGGAAAGUGAAAAAUCAGCAGAACUUCAUAACUUAGAAAGUCUCCUAGGUGUUCAGUUGCCAUCAGUAGAAGCACAGAAGACACAAUCUGAUAGUAAUCAAGAUUCUCAGGCAGUGGCUCAGGAUCCAGAUGAAGGAUCCAGUGCAAACCAAAGGGUAGCACCUUCAGUAGCAGAAGCAGGCAACAACUUUCCAGUAUUGUCAGCUAGGGAAACAAGGGAAAAUCAAAGCAACGAUUUCCUUGAAGUCACAGAACAAGAGUUUUUGUCAGUUUCAAAUCUUAUUCGGGGGAGAGUCAAGCUGGAAGAUGUUAAUAAAACAUAUCAAGGGCUGUGGGACCAUUUUAAAGAAGAAGGGAACAGUAAGCCACUGACUACUGCAGAAAUGCAUAAAAUGGGGCUAAGAAUAACUGGACAAACUGGGGAAGCCAAACUAAAGGUGCUACGUGCAUUAAAACUUAUUAAUCUGUCCAGCAAAGGGGAUGUGACUUUACCUUGAGAUGAGGACUGAACAGCAUGAUGUGAAUAGCAGUAAUGAUACAAGAGCUGCAGUCAUGCUAUCAUUAUAUAACUGUUUAAAUCUAUGAAGAUGCAGACAUGAGCAAUGAUACCAUUUUUUACUUUAGUGUAAAAAAAUGUUCUUUGAUAAUUAGAAAUUAUCAAAAAAUAGUAUUCAGUAAACCCCCCGUUAACUUGUGUCAGUUGUGAUAUUUUUAAAUAAUAAUGUCUACCAGGAUAAUAGGAAUAAAUAAAGCAACUUUCUCCACAUUUGUGACUAUAUUUCUAGUACAUUUAAACUUUGCAACACUAGCUAUGAAGUUUGUGUCCAAGCAUAUUGGAAGAAGUCCACCAAUUUGAAAAGUCAACAAAAUAAAUAUUAACAGUUGACAUGUCUCUGCUGUGUUUAAUAGUGUACAACCUUUAAUUUUCAUUUAUUGGUAAUAAUCAUUAUUUUUGUUUCAUUGUUUAUAAAUGGACCAGAUAAGUAGGUCAUAUUUACAACCAAAAAUCUCUUUGAUGGCUGAGAUUUUAUCAUUUGGUUUGUUGACUUCAUUUGAGUCGUAUUAGAAACUAGUAGUAGUUCAUAUGCCUUCUUGGGAAUCCAUGCUCCACUGGUUCAAAUGUACCUUUAAUGUUUUUGUCAUCUUAACAUUGUUUAUUUGAGACUGACAAUAAAGUUUUUGUUAAA